CUGGUGGUGGAGCAGGUGAAGAAGGGGGGACCUCUAGCCUCAGUCAGAGCGAGCAGCCCCUACUUUCUGCCGCCCCUCCAACGCAUUCCGAGGGAUAUUAUUGCACAGAACCUAAAUAAACCAACUGCACUUGACGAAAAGGUUCCGAAGCUCACUCCUCGCCUCACCUUCCCUUGGCCUUCAGCCACAAGGCGCCUGCGCAGACUUACGCAUACGGCGUACCUUACGGAGAGGAAGGAAGGGAAAAGAAGAACGAGGACGGGUUUAGCGGGGAAGUGAGGUGGGCCUCGGGAACGUCGUAGCAACAACGCUGCUGGACUCCGCAACAAUGAGAAGUGUGUGCUUCUUACUGGCUGCUCUCUUCAUCCCAUGGGGCCUGUCUCUGGCAAAGUUUGAUGAAUUUGAUGAUGGAGAUGACAUUGUAGAAUAUGAUGAUAAUGACUUUGCUGAAUUCGAAGAUGUAAUUGAAGACCCUGCCACAGAAUCUCCCCAGCGAAUAAUCACAACAGAAGACGAUGAGGAAGAGGCCACUAUAGAGCUUGAAGGUCAAGAUGAAAAUCUUGACUUUGAGGAUGCUGAUGCACAGGAUGGUGAUACAGAGAGUGAGCCCUAUGAUGAUGAAGAGUUUGAAGGUUAUGAGGAGAAGCCUGACAUGUCUCCUGGCAAAAGUGAAGAUCUUAUAAAAAUUGUUGAUGUCCCUGCCCACCUCCAAAAUAGCUGGGAGAGUUACUACAUGGAAAUCUUGAUGGUGACUGGUCUCCUUGCUUACAUCAUGAACUACAUCAUUGGGAAGAACAAGAACAACCGUCUGGCUCAGGCCUGGUUCAAUACUCACCGAGAGCUGCUUGAAAGUAAUUUUGCCCUUGUUGGGGAUGAUGGGACAAAUAAAGAAGCCACAAGCACAGGCAAGCUGAACCAAGAGAAUGAACAUAUCUACAACCUGUGGUGUUCCGGUCGGGUGUGUUGUGAGGGCAUGCUUAUCCAGCUCAAGUUUCUCAAGAGACAAGACCUACUGAAUGUCCUUGCUCGAAUGAUGAGGCCAGCCUGUGAUCAAGUGCAAAUAAAAGUUACUAUGAAUGAUGAAGACAUGGAUACCUACGUGUUUGCUGUUGGAACAAGAAAAGCCUUGGUGCGGCUUCAGAAAGAAAUGCAGGACUUGAGUGAGUUCUGCAGUGAUAAACCCAAGACUGGGGCAAAGUAUGGACUCCCAGAGUUGCUGGCUAUCCUGUCAGAGAUGGGUGAGGUUACAGAGGGAAUGAUGGAUACCAAGAUGAUCCACUUCCUCACACAUUAUGCUGACAAGAUUGAGUCUGUCCAUUUUUCGGACCAGUUUUCCGGUCCAAAACUUAUGCAAGAGGAGGGUCAGCCUUUGAAACUACCUGAAACGAAGAAGACACUAUUAUUUACCUUUAAUGUGCCUGGAUCAGGCAACACUUCCCCAAAAGACAUGGAGGCUCUGCUGCCUCUGAUGAAUAUGGUUAUUUACUCCAUUGACAAAGUGAAAAAGUUCCGUCUGAACAGAGAAGGCAAACAAAAAGCAGAUAAGAAUAGGGCACGUGUAGAAGAGAACUUUCUGAAGCUAACUCAUGUGCAAAGACAAGAGGCUGCUCAGUCCCGCCGGGAAGAGAAGAAACGGGCUGAGAAAGAGAGGAUCAUGAAUGAGGAAGAUCCAGAGAAACAGCGCCGCCUGGAGGAAGCUGCUCUGCGGCGUGAGCAGAAGAAACUUGAGAAGAAGCAAAUGAAGAUGAAGCAAAUCAAAGUGAAAGCUAUGUGAAGAGCAAAGUUGCAGGAAACCCUUUUCUUGGUGCCAACCAUAAAAUUGCAAUUUGCUGCCUACAAUGAGCUAAUUAUGUUCCUGACCUUAACUGUUGUCCAUUAAGAACCACUUUUGACCUAAUCUUUUGUUGCUCUUGGGAUUAUGGCUGAAGAGUUUCUGGGAAUGCAUGCCAUGCAAAAAGGUUAUUAGAGUUUAUUACCAAGAGACUCUUCCUAGGUCAGUCAUAGGGCUGUCCCUAGAAAAGUUACAUAGGCAAUCAGCUCUGAUGUAUCUCUCUUCUCCACAUCCAUGCACAUGCUGGAUUGCUUUUGGAGUGAUCCUGUAAAUUCCAAAGUUACACUGCAGUCAGCAACAAGAGGUUUUUUUGUUUUUUUUUUAACAUCCAACAGGUGGCCUCCAAUCCUGAAUGGGAUGGCUAAUAAAUAUUUUCAGGGCUGCAGCCAGUGUUUCAGUUUUACAUAAUGUGCAAGCUCUCUUCAGAUACACAAAAAGGAAACAAGGAAGCUGAGCUUGUGCACAGUAUCCUGAGAAGGGGCCCAGAAGUCCCACCCCAGUGAGCACACACUGAGAAGCAUCACCCUCCCCACACUCUUCACACUUAUAUUGUGUUUGUGAAGAGGCAAAUGUUACAAAUGUGGCGGCAGCCGUGUCUGUGAUUGGAAGGCUGGGGUGCUCCAGCCUUCUGAUCACAGAAAUGGCUGCCAUCAUGCCCAUUUGUCUGAAGGGGCAAAUGUUGAAAGUGUGGAGAGCGCUGUGGUGUGAGCCUUCUUGGUGGUUGAGCUCUGGGACAGGGCUUGCCACUGCACUCUCGGGACAAUGUACAAUGUACACAAGGACAGCAUCCCCUUCUUUGCAUGUCUGAAGAGGAUUGCUGGUUUGCAUGUGUAUAUGGAGAACUUUGCAAUGGUCUUCCAUGUUGUUGAAUUGUUAGUUCCUACUUGGCUCUGGUUGUUAUUGUACAGACUUGCAAUAUUUCUUGGGUUUCUUCUUGUUUCUAUAAGAACAUGUAAAACUUCCUAGUAUGUGCCAGGAAUGCAUAAGCACUUUGAUUCUGUUUUGGGUAUGUGAGCAAAAUAAUUGUAAAGGCCUACUUGAAAAAACAAAAACAAAAAAACCUUCACCGGGGGUGGGGGGGGAGAGUGAGAGAGAGUGUAUCCACUCCUUUAAUUAUUGGUGCAACUCAUGUAGCUAGACUUUUGUUUAGCAUAAAGCAGUUAAACAUAAAACACAAACAGUAUGGAUAGUUCAGGUUUUAAAGCCAGUUAUUUGUAGAAUGAAGCUUCCUUUUCAUUAACGUUGCAACAGAAGAGUACUAUACCAGUAUUUAAAGAUAUGCAUUUUUUUUCAGACCACUUCGCCCAGAAUCCUUCCAGAGGAGGAGGCUGCUGGGUAUAGUUUGGGGUAUUCAGAUUAGAAAUCAGUCUGUGGACUACUGAUGUCAAGGUUUAUGAUAAGCCUACAUGUGGAUGAGCAUUUCUUUUGUCUUCACAAGACCUAAACUUGCAAACUUGUGGAUGUUGGUGGUUCUGUUUUGUGUAUAAACAAGUAAUUGAGGAAUGACAGAUGCAAGAAGUUUGCCUGCUGGUAGUGUAUCUGUGUGUCUUUAAAUCAAGUUUAAAACAAUGAGAAUUUUAUCUUAGGGUCAAGACAUGUACAUCCCAAAGAGGUUCAAAGUGCUGUAACCAUGAUUUGAGCACUCUUGUUAACGUCUCUGUACUAUAGCAAUAAAUCAAGUGUUGUUAUGCUACAGGUACUGGCUGGCAUUUCCCACUCUAUUGCUGGCAUUUCUUCCCCCUCAUUGCGGAAUGAAGCACCCAUCCUUCCCUUCAGACAAGAUUGCACUCUUCAGCUGUGGGGUGCUUUUCUCCCCAGCUGCUGAGGGGGAAGAGUGGUGGCGGCAGCAGUAGCGGGGUGGGGUGGUGGGGGCAGUCAAGCAAGUUCCUAGUGUGCAAAGGAAACGUGCAAGAAGAUGGCUUGCUCACCUUGUCCCUUGCUGCUGCCACAUCCCCCUGCUGAGUGAGAGAGCUCCCUGAUGUUGCAAGUUCUUCCAGUCUCAGGGAUCUGACUGCAGAACUUUUCUUUCCCUGAGGAGAGAGAAGUUGUAAUAAUGGAACAUUACCAGUGUCAUUCACUAUUAUGCUAAACCCAUGAACAUCUAAAAAGAUAUCUCAAAACACAUUUACAUCACUCAAGUUUCUUGGAUGUACCUCUCUCUCUUUUAGCCUUCAAAUUGCACAUUGGUGUGUGUACAGCCUAGUGCAGGUUGCCGCAUGAAGAUCUGUGAGGCCAGACGUGGUUUCCCAUGCAUUACUCAAUAUGAUCUGUUAUUCCCCACCCCACCCCAGGCUUGUGUGUACAUGGCUUCUGCACACGGAUGUGUUGUACCCAUUUCCCUACAUGGGUGGUGUUUGCUGGUUCUCAGUGAAUGUGUAUGUGUUGGAUUUCUUUCCCUCUUCAGACAGAUGCCCAAGUGUUAGCAGCUUUCUCUAGAUUUCAAUGUGUUCUUCUAACCAAUCAUCUUAUUUAAUAUUUCUAUCUUUUUUAUGUUUCUGUGGCUGCUGGCUAUAUAACAAUGAGAAGCUAUGGUUUAAAUAGUUGUGCAAUUCCCCUGCCCUUCCUCCCCAGCACAGCAGAAACAUUUUUUAGGAGGAGCAUAUAUCUCUCUUGUUGGAUCUCCUUAAGGUUAUUUACGAAAGAGUGUGUAUGCUGGGGAAACUGGACAACUGAGCUUGUAACGCUUUGCAGUCUUGUGGAAUUGCUGCAUUUUAUAAAUGCUAAUCUAGAUGGCAUUUGAUCAUUGUAUGUAAUAGGCACUUUUUGCAGUAGGUUUAAUGAGAGAAACUGGAGGAUUAAAUUUAUUUCUUAAUGUAUUUUCUCAAUGAUGCUUUUAUCUGCAAAUAUCUUUAACGCAAUAACAUAAAGCUGCUCUUUAAAAUGGCAUGCGCUAAGACCUUUUUGUCAAAGCAUGAACAUGCACAGGUUAUUUCCUAAUGCAAAAACCUGCAACCUGACAGAUUUUCAAAUUUAGUAAUUUUUUAUAUAACAAUCAUUUAUGGUACUUUACAGCAGAAAUGGCAAUCCUAUGUGGGAUUCAAACUAUUUUGUCACUAGUUGUAGACAGUAAAAUGGAAUAAAGUAUUGUUUCACAGAGAUAAUUGUUUAAAGUAAAUGUAUAAAUGGUU